GAAACACUGGUAUAUAGACUGUGGAAGGGAGGGGGAGACACCCCGUGAGGUGGGAGUGACCGAGGAGGGCUGCUCAUCUGGGCUUGAGUGACGAGCCGAGGGAAUUGAACCGCUGUUAGAAGCCCAGCUGAGCGGGAAGGACGGCGCUCUCCCUCCCCGCCAGCCUUGAGCUGCUCCGGGAAGACGAAAGAAGCCAAGGGAAACGCCGCCUCUUUGGGAUCCCCCCCGCUACUACUUCGCAACUCGCUUUUCUCCGCUGUCCCGUUGCUGCUGGGGUAGGAGACCCCUUUCUCCUUUGCCCGGGGACGCUUCGCUCAAGGCGGGACCACCAGACCGUUGGCUGAGCGCCAGCUUGCAGCUGUUUAUCGCAGCACUCAAGUAGGAGAUGGCAGAAAUCAGCUCACCAGCAAACAUCAAGGAAAAGAUCAACGCAGUGCGUUCAGUUGUUCCCAACAAAAGCAACCAUGAGAUAGUGCUGGUGUUACAGCAGUUUGAUAACAAUGUAAACAAGGCGGUACAAGCUUUUACGGAUGGUAGCGCACUUCAAUUUCUAAAAGAAUGGAAUAUGACUGGGAAAAAGAAGAACAGCAAAAGAAAAAGAAGCAAAUCAAAGCAACAUCACCGUAACAAAGAGACAAAGGGUAGGGAGGAUGGAACCGAAAAGGUGUCUCUGGAAUCCCAAGAAGUAAAUGACUGCCAGCUGAAUGGCUGUGCUAAAGAUACUUUCCCUGGAAAAUAUGCCAGUGAAAAAUCAAAAAAUCUUCAGGAAGAAAAGAGCUGGGAAUACAAGAACAGAAGAGAGGCAAGAUCAGAAAUAGCAGGCAAAAAAGAAGAAUCUAUAGAGCCAGAACAAAAUAGCAGAGAGCUUCCUGAUCCUUUCCAAUAUCCUCCACCACUUCAGGGUAAUGUUGGUAGAAAAUCAAAAGCACCAGCUACCCCCAUUAAAUCACAGAAUGUCCCUGCGUCUCAUCUUGAAAUGAAAGCAGAAGAUUCAGCUCAAAAAAGAGGUCUAAAUAUUGAGAAAUCUGUAAAAGACCUUCAGCGCUGCACUGUUUCACUGACUCGAUACCGCAUGAUGGUCAAAGAGGAGGUGGAUAAUUCAGUAAAGAAAAUUAAAGCUGCUUUUUCUGAAUUACAUAACUGUAUCAUCGACAAGGAAGUGGCUUUAAUGACAGAAGUCGACAAGGUUAAACAAGAAGCCAUGGAUAUUUUGACUGCACGUCAAAAAAAAGCUGAGGAAUUAAAGAGACUAACGGAUUUGGCAAGUCAGAUGGCCGAGAUUCAACUGGCUGAAUUGCGAGCUGAAAUUAAGCACUUUGUAAGUGAACGUAAAUAUGAUGAAGAAUUGGGUAGAGCUGCCCGCUUUUCCUGUGACACUGAGCAGUUAAAAAUGCAGAUAUUACAGUGUGGAGAAAUUUUCCAUCCAAAAAACAAUUACUCCUCUAGAACACCAUCCAGUAUGUUCCUUCAAUCAGAAAUUUCCAAAUCUGUGACUAGCAUGCGAAAUACGUACAACCAAAAAUAUGUCAAUCAGACUCCUGCCAAGACUUCUGAGCACAAAACAGCAAUAACUAAAGGUUCAAGCCAAGUUCUCCCAGUUACAGAAUCCUCUUCUCGUGUAAUUUCAACAAAUAAGCAGAAUGUGCCUUCAGGGCCGAGACGAAGAUUUCAUGGACAUUACCAUAGCAUUCGAAUGAAUGGUUCUCUCAAACCUCAAAAUCCCGGUGAUGAGUCUGAUCAGAGCAACCCCAAGAGUCACUCCCGACAUGAAUACCGACGGCAGCACCAUCAUAGUUUUAGGCCCAAAAACAAAGGAGUGGUAAAAACUCAAGAGCAACCAACACCCGUAAAAAAUCAAGAAAAGGGAGCAUACCCAGAGAAAGCACAGCAAAAGCCUCCUAUUCCAGUCCCUACAGAGCCCAGUCCUUUGUGCAGCAAUAUAGCGAGGGUUUCUCCCUGUAAUUUAUGUCCUCCAAGAAUAGAGACUUCUGGAGAGAAACCUGUCCUUCCAGUCACUGUGGCAGCUGUGACUUUGGUGGCAUGAAAACAGUCAUCUUAAUUUUUUUUCACUAAAGGUGCUUCUCCCCUUCCUUAUUAUGUACUCCACAAAUACUGAUGGAAUAGCUUGAGAAAAAUAUUACAAUUGUGGUAAAACUUGCUAAAACGGUCUUAACUUUUAUCUUGUUUUCUACAUGGAAAGCUUUGCUCAAUAUAGUCAAGAUUAUUUUUUCAUAAUAAUGCCGCUUUAGCCAGCAGUAGUUACAGAUCUACUAGACGGUUCCACGACAAAACCGCGUUCGACUAAAGGGCGCUCAACAAAACCGCGUAGCUGAUGUCAUAACAGCGCGGAGAA